GUUUUUGCGCGGCGCGUUUUUGUGUUACCGGAACGAGAAAUCCUUCGAAAUGGCCAAAUUACUCGCGUAUUAUAAUCUUUGUCCGAUAAAUAAUAUCGACGACUUCCUCGGCCUAUCGAGGGACGUCGAUCCGGGCUGUGUGAUCAAUACGCUCGGCCGGAAUAUCAUCCUCGUCGUGAAGUUGAGCAAUCAACGGCAAGUUCGCAGCUGGACCGUCCUCGAUCGUCUCAGCAGUAAGGUGGUGUACGAUUUUCCCUCCGAACGCUAUGUGGCCGUGUUUGGUGGUCGACACCUGCGCUGCUGGACGCGCGAUCAGGCGGAUCUGAAUAAGGUGAAAAAGAUCAAGCUUUACCGCACGGUACAGGACCUGUUCACCGUUGGUAGCGGACAAACGUUGGUGCUGUACACCGAUGGAAGCUGCGAGUCACUGGAAAGUGCUCUGGAAACCCGUAAUAAGGAUCGUGCGAAACCGUCGGAAUUCACGCAGGGCGGAAGUGCCGAACGUGAUAUAUCCAUAAAGGACGUUCAGGUGCUCCAGUUGGACGAUGGUGGCCUACUGCUCACGUACUUUGUACGUAACGAGAAGGAAGACACAACGGAGCUCAACUAUGGUCUGUUGAGCAGCGACGACCUGAAGCUGGUGAACCGGAUGCAAAAAGUCAAACUAGAACGGCUCGGUGACGAUCUGAAGCUGGCCGGCUGUUGCAUCGUCGACAGCAGCGAUUGUCCAUCUUUGGUAACACUUUGGUCCGACAGCCGUCUGUUCAUUCUGCAGCUCAACCUUGGCCAAUCGCCGAAGCAACACGAAGGUGUUGGAAAUUUCUUCGAGCUGAUUCAAACCAUCGACGUCACCCAGCCGCUAUCGAUGGCCAACAUUGGCAAAGAUUAUAUCGCCAUGUACGCAAACAACAAUAACCGGGACGGAGCAACGCUGGCACUUUUCAACAUACAGUUCAAAGUGUUCCAGGCGAAACAGUACUUUAAGGUGUACUUCCGCACAUCCCGCUUCUGGGUGGUUGAAAACUACAUUCUCCUGGCCUUCGGUGAAACGCUAGCUGUAGUUCCGUUUAAGAUCAGCAAAGAGCAGCUGUCGGAUCUGGUGGGCAGUCAGCGAGCGUUCGAUCUGUCGCAUGGAAUUGACGAUGAAAGCAUAAACGAUGAGGCGGAUUUGACGGAAGGAUACAACUUUGCCGGUUCCUUGCCAGCAAUCGCAGAGCAAGCGUACGAUACGGAAGAGGACAGCGAAGAUGGUGACCAGCAAGAAGAAUCAUUCUACCAUAAGUACGUCAACGAGGAAGAUUUCGAAGAAUCACUGCGCUUGGCGUACCGUAACGAGCUUCCCGUCACGGUCGUGCACGAUGCUACGUUGCCACCGGACGAAGUACAAGUGAAGUUGUUCAACAAUCCGGAUCUAACCCUUGGACCGCUGAUUUUGAGUGAAAAGUUUGAAAUCAUCGCGGAAGAAAUGGAACGCAUUGGUCUAUCGGAAAUGGAAAUAUGCGAUCGAAUGGUUCCGGUGCUGCUGCAAGCCAACCUGACGCACGAUCUAGCCAAGUGCCUCAAACGAUACUCGAUGGUAUCCGAGCGUAUGCUAGUAAGGGCACUAAAGUACGCAAUAAGUUUCGCAGUCGAACCGAUUGAGGAACCCGCUGAACCUGAACUUGAAGUGGACGAAACGAAGCCAUUGCCUGAAGCAUCGGAGGUGCUCGCCGAACAAAACAUUAUCUAUGAAGCUGCGAAGUUGCAUUCCUCGCGUCACGACCUGUUGAACGUGGUGCUCUCCUGUACCUACAAUCGAACCAUCAUCAUUCCGAUUGUUCGAUCGGAACUAGACUUCCCGAGUGUGGUACAGCUGAUGCAACAUCUCGAAUAUCUGCUGGUGGACCCGAUGGCCACAUUAAGUGAAACACUGCACAAUGGCGAUAGCUUCGAUAGCGACGAAAAAACGAUCGAAUGGAUCACGGUUCUGCUCGACGCACACUAUCAACAGUUUCUACUUUCGAAGGACGAUGUCGUACAGGAGCAGCUUCGACGGAUGCUGGCCAUCAUCGAUGGGCACGUGGAGUCACUGCGACAGCUGAGGACACUCGCUCCAGAACUGCAGCGUCUAGUGGAGUGUAAAAAAGGAUCUGCAGCGUCGAGUUCAAACAAGUGGUACAGCAUCGAAACGUUGCAGCUGUACUGAUCGCGAUCGACCCAUGGCAUCAAUUAGCAACUAAGAACUACUGUUGUGGUGCGACUGGUAACAGGUGAGAGAGUACGUUAUGUAUUUACACGAGAAUACAGCAGAAGCUAUGGUACUAGUUGCCCAACA